AUGGUCUCCAAGUCCGAUCAGCUGUUGAUCGUGGUCUCCAUCCUGGAAGGGCGUCAUUUUCCUAAGCGUGCAAAACAUAUGCUUGUAGUAGAAGCAAAGUUUGAUGGAGAACAGUUGGCUACUGAUCCUGUGGACCACACUGACCAACCAGAAUUCGCCACUGAAUUAGCUUGGGAAAUAGACAGAAAAGCUCUUCAUCAGCACAGGUUGCAGCGCACACCUAUCAAGCUCCAGUGUUUUGCUUUGGAUUCUGUGUCUACAGCUAAAGAAUCCAUUGGGUACAUUGUUCUAGAUUUAAGAACUGCCCAAGAAACAAAGCAGGCACCAAAAUGGUAUGCAUUACUGAGUAAUAAAUAUACAAAAUUCAAAUCUGAGAUACAAAUAAGCAUUGCUCUGGAAACAGAUACAAAGGCACCAGUGGAUAGUUUUAAAGCAAAGGAGGCACCGCCUAGAGAAGGAAAAGUGCCUGCUGGAUUAUCUGGAAUUGAUCCCAAGAAAAUUAUAGCAGUCUUGAAUGAAGAAGAAGGCUACCAUCAGAUUGGACCAGCAGAAUAUUGCAAAGACUUCUUUGUUAUGUCAGUGACUAUAGCAUUUGCUACACAGUUGGAGCAGUUAAUUCCAUGUACAAUGAAACUUCCAGAGAGACAACCGGAGUUUUUCUUUUAUUAUUCUCUAUUGGGAAAUGAUGUUACAAAUGAACCAUUCAGUGACUUGAUAAACCCAGAUUUUGAGCCAGAGAGAGCAUCUGUUCGAAUACGCAGCAGUAUUGAAGUACUUCGUAUUUAUCUCUCUUUUCAUUCUAAACUACAGAUUCAUCUCUGCUGUGGAGACCAAUCACUUGGAAGCACAGAAAUUCCACUAACUGGAUUGUUGAAGAAAGGAAGUACAGACAUCAGCCAGCGCCCUGUGGCAGUUGAAGGUGCUUUUAAUCUUGAUCCACCAAACAGAGCCAAACAAAAACUUCCCCCUAUUCCAAUGGAGUUGGCACCUACUGUAGGAGUAUCCGUGGCUUUACAAAGAGAAGGCAUAAAUGCUCAGCCUUUGGUUGAAUUCAAGACCCAAUGUGAGCGAGAGCCCUCAAAAAAGAGAAUUUUAACACCUAUACAGGAGAAAUCAUUGACUGAAGAAAAAUCACCACCUCAAUCACCUGUUCAACUUCAGAAUAACCAAUCACCACCAACUAAAGAUGAUGCAACAGAAAGUGAAAUAGAAAGUUUACAGUAUGACAAGGACACAAAAGUAAAUCAAAAAGCCUUGAAUUGUCCCACAUCAGUCUCUCAAGCCCAUCUAGUGACAACAUCCAAUGCUUCUGAGAUUACUUCAGGACAAAAGAUUGCUGUCCCAGCAUCAUCACAUCAUUUUUGCUUUUCAAUAGAUUUAAGGAGUGUCCAUGAUCUAGAAGUUGAUUUUCCAGUCAAUUGUAUGUUAAGGUAUUCCUAUCCAUUCUUUGGAAGUGCUGCUCCUAUUAUGACUAAUCCACCUGUAGAAGUCCGAAAAAAUAUGGAAGUUUUUCUUCCCCAGUCUUACUGUGCAUUUGAUUUUGCUACUUUGCCUCAUCAACUCCAAGAUACCUUUUUGAGGUUACCACUGCUUGUUGAACUGUGGCAUAAGGACAAAAUGGCCAAAGAUUUACUUAUAGGAAUUGCAAGAAUUCAGCUUUCGAAUGUUUUAUCCUUAGAAAAAACUCGAUUUUUAGGUGCUCAUGGUGAACAGUGUUGGCGUCAAACUUACAGUGAAAAGGUUCCUGUUACAGCAGCUCAAGGGACAAAUAACAAGAUAGCAGAUCUUUCUUAUACAUUGACUCUAGAAGACCAUGGACUUGUGAAAGUGCGUGAAAUAGUGAUAUCUGAAUCAUCACAGGGAUUAGCUGCAAUUCAACAGAAGUCACUUUCUCCUCAGGCACUUUGUGUUACAGAAACGCAAGCAGAGCCCCGAGAAACUCUAGAAUAUAAAGCAGCGCUGGAGUUAGAAAUGUGGAAAGAAAUGCAAGAAGACCUUUUUGAAAAUCAGCUAAAGAAGAGAGAGCUAGCUCACAUGCAAGCUCUUGCAGAGGAAUGGAAGAAAAGGGAUAGAGAAAGAGAAUCAUUAGUAAAGAAAAAGGUAGCAGAAUACACCAUUUUGGAAGGAAAACUUCAGAAAACUUUAACUGACUUAGAAAAACGUGAACAACAGCUUGCCAGUGCAGAAACUGAGCUACAAAGAAAGAAGAAAGAGCUGCACUUAGAUCAUGAAAGAAGCCUUCAGGAACUUCAGGAUUCUAUCCGGAGAAUCAAAGAGGAGUGUACACAUCAGGUGGACCUGGAGAUAUCAAAGAUGAAGCAACUGGAAACAGAAAAGCAGCGACUUCAGCAACAGCUUCAUGAUGCUGAAAUUAAGUAUAAAACUUUGGAAAAAGAAUUCCAGCAUUUCAAGGAACAGCAAAACAGCAAGCCAGAAAUCCGUCUGCAGUCAGAAAUAAAUAUUCUCACAUUGGAAAAGGUUGAACUUGAAAGAAAGUUGGAAUCAGCAACUAAGUCUAAACUGCAUUACAAGCAGCAAUGGAGUCGAGCUUUGAAAGAACUUGCAAGAUUAAAGCAGCGUGAACAAGAGAGUCAAAUGGCCCGCCUUAAGAAACAACAGGAAGAGCUUGAACAUAUGAGAUUACGUUUUCUGGCAGCAGAAGAGAAAGACACAAUGAAAACUGAGCGACAAGAACUAUUAGAUAUAAGAAAUGAACUCAACAGGUUAAGGAAACAAGACUCAGAACAGUUCCAGAAUUCCAGAGAGAUUGCAAGUGGAAAAAUGGAAAGUUUGGGUGGAAAGGCUUUUGAAGAAGAUUUGGAUGAUUAUCUGACUCGCCUAAUAGAAGAAAGAGAUACUUUGAUGAGAACGGGUGUGUAUAAUCAUGAGGAUCGGAUAAUAAGUGAACUUGACCGUCAGAUCAGAGAAGCUUUGGCCAAAAGCAGUACCAGUAAUUAA